GUCGCCACCCUUACUUUUCUCGCAACGCGCGCGCAUCGACAUACACGACCACUCACAAUCAACAAUAAAAUAUUUCUAAUCAUCUAUAAUUAUCGAGGUGACAUUCCUUCCAUAAUCACUGAACCUCGUAUUGCUACUAUGAUCCCCCUCUCCACCGUCCGCGCCUCAAACGCCCACCUCCGCACUCUCCCCCCCAUCACCGCCGUCUUCGCCGGCGCCACCAGCGGCCUCGGUGAAUCUGCCCUUCGCGCCCUUGCCGGUAACAGCACCGCGCCUCGUGUCUACAUUAUUGGCCGCAGCGAACCGCGCGCCGCGGCUAUCAUCGCGGACUGCCUCGAGAUUUGUCCGGAAGGGACAUUCGUCUUCCUCAGCGCGGACUUGUCGCUAUUGAAGAAUGUGGAUACAGUGUGUGCGGAGAUACUAAAGAGGGAGGAGGGUGGGAAGCUCGAUUUGCUAUUUAUGACCCAUGGAUAUAUCACUUUUGAAGGCAGGAGAGAAACACCCGAAGGCCUAGAUGCUCUCAUGGUUCUUCGCUACUACUCCCGCAUCCGCCUCCUCACUCUCCUCCUCCCCCUCCUCCAGCGCGCCCCCUCCCCCCGUGCCGUCUCCGUCUUAGCACCAAACCACGAGCGAGGCGUCUACCCCGACGACCUCUCCCUCCGCGCCCAUCACAGCGUGCUAAACCACCUUUCCCACGCCAUCUUCAUGAUCACCUUCUCCUUUUUGCAUAUCGCCGCAGAGAACCCAUCGUUGAGCUGCCUACACGUUCACCCCGGACUUGUGAAGACGCCGGAGUUCGAGCACGCCAGGUUCUCGCCAUUCGUUAAGUGGCUGUUUCACUGGGUGGUGCUUCCGCUGCUGACACCGUUUCUGCUGGAUCUGAAGGAGUCGGGGGAGAGGAACUUGUUUAUGUCUACGUCGGCGAUGUUUCGAGGGAGAGCGGGUGGAGAUGGGGAGGCGGGCACUAUGGUGCCAGUGGUGGAGGAAGAGGUGGCGACGGGGGUGAAUGGACUGAUUGGCGGUAGGGUGUAUGCGGUGAAUUGGAAUGGAGAGGUAUGUAAAGGGAGCGAGAAGUUUUAUCGAGAAUGGGGACUGAAGGGAUUGGGGGAUAAGGUGUGGGAGCAUACCAUGAAGGCCUUUGAGACGAUUGAGAGGGGCGACGUGUUUGUGGAUUGAGAAGAGGUUGUCGGAAGCAACUUGGACGACUUACCUUUAUCUGGCGAUAUCGGGCACAGUUUCAUAAUACCCUCUUUGGCAAGACCCCCAUCAAUAUUAAUAGUAGUCUGUCAAAUAUGACUUAUUAUUGUUCAAUUCUACGAAACCCGGAAUAUUACAUCGGGUCAUCGUUCGCUACCGCAUUCUCCAUCGCCCAGUCAAGCACAUUAUCGAACUUACGACACGUGUGCCACGUGCUGAAGUCGGGCCAGAUGCCCUCAUCCGUCAUCUCGAACGUAAUGAGCCCAACAUCGCUCUGGCACAUUAGGUUCAUGCGCAACAUCUCUAGGCAGUGAUCUGUCGGCACGUUAGCAAGCAGCUACCAAUUUCCGACGUUGGUAUUGUAGGGAGCACAAACCGAGAUGCAUCCGUAGGCCAUCAAUCCCUUCCGAAAAGUCUCCACCGCGGCCCCCAUAGUAGUCAAUAUGGGUAGCCUGGCGGAGCAGAUUAAGGCAGUGAAGCUGGUGGAAGACUUCGAGGCCGACGCGGUAGCCUUCGAUGCCUGUACGGGGGUCUGUCACUUUGAGGACGGUGGUUGGCUUAUCGAUUUUGCGGAGCUCGGCGGCGGAAAUCAUCUGGUCGCCGACUGUGCGAGUGUCAGUUUGAUGCUUUCUAGAAUGAAGGCUAAAAUAUCGAUGAAGUAAGGGUGUAGUGAUGGGAUUUAUCGAGGAAUGGACAUGUCCUAUAUGAAGCGUACCAUUAUAUGAGAUGACAUCCCAAGCAGCGUCGACUUCAGGACCUUUGCCAAUGUACGCCGAUGUAGCAUACAUGCUGCCGUUGAACUUCAUGUCUUCAUAUUCUAUCACAUGGGCCGCGGGAGCUAUAUACAGUCAGCCUGGGCACUCGAGGGGAACAAAGUUGACCAGCACUCACAGUAUUCCGAGAACUCCUUCACAAACUUCGCAGUUGUUGGCGCUGAGAAGGUGAUGCCCCGUAAGAAGAUAGCCAGCGAGAAUAAGAAAAAUAGCGCGUGUGCUAACAGGAGCCAUUUCGACUGUAGUACCGACUUGAGCUGCCGCCUCUCGGUGAUUCUGUGGUCCUCUUCAUAGGGAAGGAGCGUCGUGGAGGAUGUGUCUGAGGGCGAGUAUGAUUCCUUCUCGUCGGCCAGCGACACCGGGUAGUAUUUCACAGAAGCCAUAUUCAAAAAACAAAAUUAUACAAGAAUAGAACAAGCACGUAGAGAUCCAGCUCUGGUUGAAGGCUUUGGUGGAAGGGAAAAGAAGGAGAUAAAGGAAACACAACAGCAAACAACAAUAGAAAUGAAGGUCAACUUGGAGAUAUUCAAUAUUUCCAGCGGGGGGGAUUGGACAUGGUCAAGGGAAAUCGCAGAUGCUUAGCACUCAGACGCCUACCUCGUGAUGCCACUGCUCAAGCAUCAGGGAUGGCGGUUACGACGGCACCGAGUUCCAGG